CCUAGAUUACACCUUCCCUCUCUCCCCUCUCCACCCAAAACUCCUCCAUUAUUACUACUACCAUGCAAGCUCACCCCUCCAAUUUCACCCAUCACAUAAUGCCCUCUAAUCAUGAAGAAUUAGAUGAUGCCUCCACUGUUCUUUCACUAGGCCCUCCUGGCCAACAUCAUCCUCAAAAUCCCCAAAAUCCCAUGAUGAAAACAAGGUUUCAUGAUGUCUUGUUCUCAUCAUCAUCAUCAUCAUCUUUUUCUUCUACCUAUAAUACCCUCAAGGACCAUCAAAGCCUGCAGAACUAUGGAGGAGGAGGAAGAGGGGGAGUCACUGUGGCAUUCCACAUGGGCCCACCUGGGGCUAGCAGCUCUUCUACCAGUUUUAACCCUAGUGGUGGUGACAUGGCAGCAGCAGGGCUUACACUUGGUCAAGGACAUCAGUACUGGAUCCCUACUCCAGCUCAAAUCCUUGUUGGCCCCACCCAAUUCUCCUGCACUGUUUGUCACAAGACAUUCAACCGUUUCAACAACAUGCAGAUGCAUAUGUGGGGCCAUGGAUCCCAGUACCGGAAGGGACCGGAAUCCCUAAAAGGGACAAAGCCAUCAUCAUCAUCAUCAUCAUUAUCUUCAUCCUCCAUGUUAAGGCUACUGCCAUGUUUUUGCUGCGCGGAGGGGUGCAAGAACAACAUCCGCCACGCAAAGGCGAAGCCCCUGAAGGACUUCAGAACGCUGCAAACGCACUACAAGCGGAAGCACGGGGCGAAGCAGUUCGCGUGCCGCAAGUGCGCGAAGGCCUUCGCGGUGCGAGGCGACUGGAAGACGCACGAGAAGAACUGCGGGCGCCUCUGGUUCUGCGUCUGCGGCUCCGACUUCAAGCACAAGAGGUCGCUGAAGGAUCACGUGAGGGCGUUUGGGGAGGGGCAUGCGGCGCAUAGCGAGAGCGCGUUGUUGUGUGGGUAUGGGGAGGAUGAGGAGGAUGAUUGUGAGGAGAGUGAUGUUGCCAUUGAUGAGGAGGAGGAGUAGGGGUCUGCUGCAAGUGCAGGGUUCAAGUACUGAUGAUCGAUGUGUAUAUGCGACAUGUGAAGUGGGAAGGGGGGAAGAGUAGAUGAUAGGAGUGAAAGUUGUAGUUUUUAUGAGUGAGAGAG